CUUGGGCGCAAACUGCUUCACGGAUCGAGCAGUCAAGACCGAUAUCUCAUUAGACUCUUGCAUGAAGAUGUAGCUCGUGAAGUGGCCAGCCGUCCAAUCGAGAUCGCUUCUAAGCGCCCGCCCAGCGCCUGUCAUUGUCAUUGGUCGGUGGCACGACAGCUCUGCAACCCCAAUCAGGCUUGCUCCCACCUUCCCGCCUCCGGUCUUCGCGCGCGCCAGCCAGUCGACGCUCACAAAGGCCAUGUUCUUCUUCUGUAUGCCCAAAUUAGAUUCUCUUCUUUGUGUGCCCAUUGGUCAGAAGAUGUAUCCGUGGCUCGAUGGGAUAACCUUUUGGGACGGGGAUGUGUUCGUCGUCUCCUCAUCACUGCCUCCCAUGCGCCGGUAGCACAUCCCCAUUCGGGCCAAUGCAGUGUGUGCAGCAGGCGCGCUGCAUCGAGAGUGCGACCUACUGACUGCAAUGCAUCAGUGAAAGAUGCUGUGCUGUCGCUCUUGGGUGCGCAUCGUACUGUUCCGUUGUGCGUGUGUGUGCGCAUAUCGCACCUCGCAAUCCACUCGGGCGACCUCCUAGUUAGCCGCCUCCUGUCCACGCCACGGAUGAGCAAGGCCUCAUCACAGUAUAUCACUCGGCCCUGGCCAACCGCCGAGCCUCUUCUGCUAUUCCUCCCUUUCAUUUUCUCAUCUCUUUCUCCGCGUCAUUGCUGUUGCAACAACAACCCUUGA